UCGAGGCGAAAAAGGGCAGGGUGUUCGACACGACCGUGAUGGCGUUCGACACGACCAAGACCACGUUUGACCGUGGCGGACACGACGACCAGCGUGCUUAACAUGACGGCCACCGUGUCAGACCCGACGACCAUCGUGCCGGACACGACGACCGUCGUCGACGAGCGUGUCGGACAAGAAGACGGUCGUGCUCGAUACGAUGGCGGUCGUGUGCAACACGACGACGGCCGUGUUCGACACGAUGGCGAUUGUGUUCGACCCGACGACGAUCGUGUUCAACACGGCAACCAGCGUGUUUGACACGACAAGGAUCGUGUUCGACACGACGACCAUCAUGUUCGACACGACGAUGACCGUGUCGGACACGGCGACGAUCGUGUUCGACACAAUGACCGUCGUGUUCGACACAACAACGAUCGUGUUCAACACGACGACCAUCGUGUUUGACACGAUGACCAACGUGUCGGACACGACAACGAUCGUGUUCAACGCAACGACCAUCGUGUUUGACACGAUGACCAGCGUGUCGGACACGACAACGAUCGUGUUCAACAUGACGACCAUCGUGUACGACGAUUUCGAUUCGAACACGACACUGACCGAUCGUCGACUAGAACACGAUAGUCGAGUCGAACACGACACUGCCCGAUCGUCGAGUCGAAUACGAUCGUCGAGUCGAACACGAUCGUCGAUUGCGUUCGUCGAGUCGAACACGAUAGGCGAGUCGAACACGACGAGUCAGACAACGAUCGGAGAGAGGGACACGGUGGUCGAGUCGAACACGAUCGUCGAGUCGAGCACGAUCGUCGAGUCGAACGCGAUCGUCGAGUCGGACACGAUCGUCGAGUCGGACACGAUCGUCGAGAUGAACACGAUCGUCGAGUCGAACACGAUCGUCGAGUCGGACACGAUUGUCGAGUCGAACACGAUCGUCGAGUCUAACACGAUCGUCGAGUGCCCUGUCGAGUCGAACACGUUCGUCGAACACGUUGAGUCGAACACGAUCGUCGAGUCGAACACGAUUGUCGAGUCGAACACGAUCGUCGAGUCGGACACGAUCGUCGAGUCGAACACGACGGUCGAGUCGAAUACGACCGUCGAGUCAAACACGAUCGCUGACUGCGUUUGUCGAGUCGAACACGUUCGUCGAGUCGAACACGAUCGUCGAGUCUAGCACGAUAGACGAGUCGAACACGAUAGUCGAACACGAUUGUCGAGUCUAGCACGAUAGUCGAGGCGAACACUAUAGUCGA